UAUCUAGAUUACCUUUGAGAACAACUUUUUCCAUAAUUGUGCACCUGUAAUGAAGGCACUUAAACAAAAGUUCCCUUUGAUUGUGGUGUUAAUCUCUAAUUUGUUUGUAAUUAUCCCACAUUUCUCCUUUAUUUCCCCUUUUUGGGGUUACAUAAUUUUGGUGGUUGGAAGUAAAGAGUGAGAAUUGAAAUGAUGAUAGUUUGAAAAUAUAAGAAGGAAGCAUGGGUUAGUGUAAUUAUUUGAACAACUGUUUAUUAUCAUUCUUCUUUAACCUUUUUUUGUUUCUGUUUGAAACUUUGGGAAAAUUUUUGAUCUCCCAACAAUUUUUCUUUCUAAUGAGAUUAAGGCGUAGCCAAUGCAUUCUUUCUUGUGCCUCCUACUACAAAGCUGAUGAAGAUGAAAGUAAUUGGCACAGAAAGAAGCUAGAUGAGGAGCCAGCAUGGUCACAUAAUCCUCCACACGUAAUUUCACAGUUUGCUCAGUGCUUUACUAAUGCUAUGGUUGGACCACGAGCAUGGAUAGGAGGAAUCUUCAACCGCUCGAGCAAUAAACGACUUGGAAGCGAUAAAUAUCUUAACUACCCUUUAACUCCUCAUCAGGAACAAAGCUUACACGGGCUUCAAGAACGGCUAGGAGUACCUUUUGAUGAAGCACGCCUAGAUCAUCAAGAAGCUCUUCGAGAUUUAUGGAAUGCAGCAUUUCCAAAUGUUAAGCUUAAAAGUUUGAUCUCCGAGCAAUGGAAAGAUAUGGGCUGGCAAGGAGCAAACCCAUCAACUGACUUCAGGGGUUGUGGAUUUAUUUCGCUCGAGAAUUUGCUGUAUUUUGCAACAAGAUAUCCGGCUUGUUUUCAUAGGUUGCUUUUCAAGCAAAGUGGAUUGAGAGCAACGUGGGAGUAUCCAUUUGCAGUUGCUGGGAUUAAUGUUACAUUCAUGUUGAUUCAGAUGCUCGACUUAUUCUCAGAAAAACCAAAGUGUCUUCCAGGAUUAAAUUUUGUUAAGUUGAUAGGAGAAGAUGACGAGGCGUUUGAUGUUCUAUACUGUAUAGCAUUUGCGAUGAUGGAUGCGCAGUGGCUGGCUAUGCGUGCUUCAUACAUGGAGUUUAAUAACGUUUUGCAAGCGACGAGGAUGCAGUUAGAGAGGGAACUAUCAUUAGAUGAUAUACAAAGAAUAGAAGAUCUGCCAGCAUUCAACCUGAUAUAGUAAGUAAACACACUUCU